AUGUGUGAAAAGACCCAUCUAUUUCUUAAAGUUUUUGAUUCUAUCGGACAUACAUCAAAAUAUUUACAGUCAAGUAAUUUAGAUCUUUUAGCUGUUUGGUUAAUGGUAGAAAAUACAGUUGAUGAAAUUGGAAAAAUAAAUUUUGAUACAAUUGUCAUUGAAGCAGAGAAAUUUUCACAAAAUAUGAAUGAUAAAUUUACAAAUUUUGAAUUGAAUGAUAGUAUUAUUGUGGAGGAUAAAUUACCAUUAAUACGUUCCAGACAUAAGAAGCGCAAUUAUGAUGAAAUGUGUUCAGAUGAAUCUAUUAUAAAUCCUAUUGAUAAGUUUAGAGUACAAAUUUUUCAAUGCACUAUUGAUCAAUUAAGAACCAGUUUUAUUAAAAGAUUUUCGAGUAAUAAGGAAAUUAUAGCUGAUAUUCAGUAUUUAUUGCCAAAGAAUUUUCAACUUGCAAAAGACAAUAAUCUACCAGAAUCAGCAUUAAAAAAAUUAUCAAAAUUAUCAUUAAUAAACCAUCAGAAAUUAGUGUCUGAACUGAACCAUUUUUCAAAAAUAUAUAACAAUAUUGCAAAGCCUCUGAGUUCAAAUACUUCAAAAAUGUAUAAUGAUGAUGAUACAUUUCAAGAUAACCAAGAGUGUGACUAUGACAACUUUACACUAGAUUGGGAUAAAAUAGAUUCAGAAGUUAAAAUUGGAUUUGUUUUAACGCUCUCUGUUACACAGGUUAAUUGUGAAAGAGCAUUCAGCAAGCUUAAAAUAAUUAAAAAUCGUUUACGAUCUUCUUUAAAUCAAGACCAUCUCGAAGCAUUUAUGCUAAUGUCUAUCAAAAGAGAUAUAUUGGAUGCUAUUGAUUUCCAAGAAAUAUUAAAUAUAAUAAAAAAAUUUUCAUCAUUGAUGAACCAAAUGCUAUCAGUGUAA